CCGUCAGCCUCAGCCUCCCAAAGUGCUGAGAUUACAGGCGUGAACCCCCGCUCCCGACCUAUCAACAACUUUAUAAAGCAGGUAUUAUCACUCUCUUUUGUUGAUGUAGAAAUCAAGGCUCAGAGAGGUUAUGUGACUUAUCCCAGUCACACACCUAGGGCAUCCCUCUGCUUGUUCCGGGCACGUGGAGGCUAAAGUUUAGGGUGUGUCAGGCAAGAAGAGGGAAGCAGAAAGACAAUGGCCUUGUCAAACCUCCCUUCUUCCUUUCACACAGGCCUGUGUUUGAGUCUCACUAAUAACACUUACUAGUUAUGUGUGCCCUUGAGAAAGCUGCUCUUAAUCCUGGCUUCCUUAUUUAUAAAUUGAAGAAAAAUAACCCACUUCAUAAAGCAAUUGAGAAGAUGAAAUGAUAGAAUGUGGACCAAGCUCCAUUCACAGCACAUUCAGGUAUAAAAUAGCUCCUUUUGGUAUAAACUGUUCACCCCCUACGCCUGAAUGUCCAAUUUCUCAUUUUCUUUAUGUCUUUACUAAAUUGUCUCCUUACUGAGACCUUCCCUGGCACCCUAUCUAAAGGCCAAACCCCAUACAAUCUCGUCACAUCCCCUUUCCUGCCUUAUUUUGUUACCAACUAAUAUAUUGCAAAUUGUACUUCAUUUGUUUGUCUUGUCUGUCUCCACCCAUGAGAAAGCAAAUUGUUUUGAGGCCCGUAGUCAUCGUCUGCAUUCCAAUUUCUGUAUCAUCCCAAGGACACAGAACUGUGCAUGGUGCAUGGUAGGUACUCAAUGUGUAUUGAUCAAAUGAAUGAAAAAAAAAAACCAAAAACAAAAAACAAAAAAAAACUCUGGCAACCUAGAGACCAAGUUUGAAUUUGGCUUUUUUCUUAACCAUUUGACUGUGGGUACAUUAUUUAAAAUGUCUAGCCCUUAGCGUCCUCAUUUGUAAAACAGGAGGAAAUAUGGUAUCUAUCAUUAAGACAGCUGGGAUGAUUAAAAGACAUCAUUUUUAAACCCUCUGGCAUAUAGCAAGUGCUCAAUAAAUGUUUGCCAUUAUUAUUUGUAAUAAUCUGAUGGAUUGUUAAAAUUGUCUCUGUGCAGCUGACUUUUUAGGGUAUGAGAAGAGGCUGAAAGUCACAAGUGCCUUUGGCCUUUUCAGCCCAAUCGUCCUCCUUGUUAACUGAUUACCAGUUGAAAGCAUGUGAAGGUGCUCAGUGAUCAAACCUCCAAGCUGCUGAGAGGUCAGCAUUGCCAUUCAUUGAGAAAGAACAGGCUGGGGGAGCUCAAAUGACUUACUUAUGGUCCCUCGACUAAAAAACCAGGGCACGCAGGAACCAGGGCACCCAGCCAGUCUUAGGCUUCCUGAUCCUGCAUUUUCUCUCUACAGUGUGGGGUGGUUGGGAGCCCUGUGACUUCAUACUUGGGUUCAGCGGGGCCCUUCACCGGCCAUCUCCUGCAGAGUACUUCACGGUCAGCUUUCUCUGCAGGCAAAACGUGGAAAAUAAGAUCCACACCUCACAAGCUUGUGACCAGGAUCACAGGCGAAAACAGCUCUUCGGAAACUAAAGCGCUGGACAAGUAAGUGCUGCAACAGGCAACUACACGCGAGCCCCUUUGAGCUGCCAGUCCCGGGACUUGCUCCUGUCUCCUCCCCUCUCCAAGAGCGCGGAGUAGGAAGGAGGAUUAACCCCUAGGGGAGGAGUUCCGCCCCCGGCCCCCGCCCAGCCGCCGCCGCCUCUCCUUUGCACCCACGCUAGCGCUCCCCGAGUCUCUCUCGUGCGCCGCACCCGGGCUGCGCUUCCCUGGGCAGGCUCGGCACGGCGGGCCGCCCGCCAGCAUGCAGGCCCCGCACAAGGAGCACCUGUACAAGUUGCUGGUGAUUGGCGACCUGGGCGUGGGGAAGACCAGCAUCAUCAAGCGCUACGUGCACCAGAACUUCUCCUCGCACUACCGGGCCACCAUCGGCGUGGACUUCGCGCUGAAGGUGCUCCACUGGGACCCGGAGACCGUGGUCCGCCUGCAGCUGUGGGAUAUCGCAGGUCAAGAAAGAUUUGGAAACAUGACAAGAGUCUAUUACCGAGAAGCUAUGGGUGCAUUUAUUGUCUUCGAUGUCACCAGGCCAGCCACAUUUGAAGCAGUGGCAAAGUGGAAAAAUGAUUUGGACUCCAAGUUAACUCUCCCUAAUGGCAAACCAGUUUCAGUGGUUUUGUUGGCCAACAAAUGUGACCAGGGGAAAGAUAUGCUCAUGAACAACGGCCUCAAGAUGGACCAGUUCUGCAAGGAGCAUGGUUUCGUAGGAUGGUUCGAAACAUCAGCAAAGGAAAAUAUAAACAUUGAUGAAGCCUCCAGAUGCCUGGUGAAACACAUACUUGCAAAUGAGUGUGACCUAAUGGAGUCUAUUGAGCCGGACGUCGUGAAGCCUCAUCUCACAUCAGCCAAGGUUGCCAGCUGCUCUGGCUGUGCCAAAUCCUAGUAGGCGCCUUUUCUGGUGUCUGAUAGGAAUGACAUCAUCAUCCCAUGAAUUGUGCCUGUAACUUUUUGAGUAAACGUCAGGAUAGAGAAACCACAUGUGGCAAGCCAGAGAUCUAUGCCUCUACCUUUUCAAUGAGAGAGAAUUAGCAAAUGUUCUCUUUAUGCUUUCCUCCUCAUCAUCACAGUGUUUACAAGCUUUCAAAAGUAUUUAGCGUGUUACAAACUUCUGUCAUGUAGCUGACCAAAAUUCUGCAGGGCUGCAGUCAGCCCUGUUAUUUGCUUAUUUUAAUCAGCAAAGGCCUCAGGUCUUAAAAUGAAAGGGCAGAAGAGCAAACUAGCUGUCAAGUUAAGCAUUGGCUUUCGCCUUUCCCUGGUGUCUUUGUCCAGAUUUCAAUAUAUUUUCUGAUGGUCUGACAGGCCUAUUAAAUAAAUGUGUUAUUUUGUACCAAGAUGACCUCCAUUCUUGGCAGACCUAAGAGUUGCCUUGGAGUCAUGAACACAGGUGUGCUCUAUGUUCCUUGUCUUAACUGUCACUUGCUAUGACCUGAAUGUUCGCUUAAUGAAAAUUGUAUGAAAACACAUGCCUUCGUAUGUGCCUUGCUGUUAGCUUUCUCUGACUCAGAUGUGGGGUUCUUCUAUACAUGUAAUAUAUAUAUAUUAUAUAUAUAUAUAUAUAUAUAUAUUUCACAAGCGAACAAUAAAACAUUAAAAGUUGCUGUUUCCCUAUUUAUGAAAGUGCUUUAAGUUUCUUACUAUUGUGAAGGGUAUUUUUUUUUUUGACAAAGUAAACAAGGUUCUCAAGAUCCAUUUCUAAAAUCUUAUUUAAAGAAGGA